CCCAAAAUCGAUUUCAAUCAAGAACCCUAAAAUUGUUUCUCUAGAUUGAAGCUACAGAGAAGAAAAUGUCAGGGGCUUCGUCGAAUACCUCAGGAGCAUCGACCGGAGGAAACGCUUAUCGUCGUUGGGGUGGAGUGGUCAUGGGAAUUCCGAAGAAGUGUUGGUGUGGUGAUGAAACUGUUCCUCUCAUGUCCAAAUCUGACAAAAAUCCGUACCGAAGGUACUACCGUUGUGCUACUGCUGCAAGAAAGAAGCUUGAGAAUGAUAAUCACAUCUUCAAGUGGAUUGAUGAGGCACUGAUAAAUGAGGUUGAAACUCUUGAAUUCAAAACCCCAAGACUCGAGCAAGAGUUGAGAGAGAUACAAACGAAGGUGGAUAAGGAGCUAUGUGAUAAGGUACAAGCGUUGUUAGCUGAAGGCAAAGGCAACAUGAAGAGAAUGAUGAUAGUAGGUAUUGUUGGAUGUGUGGGUGUGCUAGGAAUCAUGGAGUUAUGCAUAAGAAAAUGGUGAAUGUGAUGAGAAGAAAAUGAUUGAGGUUGUUGGUUUUUAGUGCUAAGUAAUAUGUUCAAGUGGUUAGAUUAUUGCUUUUGGUCGAUCUUGUAUGAACAAAAUGGAUGAACUUGUUGUGUACUUGUUGUGUUUCAUUGGUAUCCAAUGUUAUCCUAACCUUUUAUGAUCGUUGUGUUUUGUUGUCAUAUUCAUUGAAAAGAGGCAAAGAUAACAUAAACAAACACAAGUUGGCCACUUUAAAAUUUUAAAUAACAUUGGUUUGAACAAAAGAAAGUGUUAAACAAACACAAUUUGACCACCAUCCAAGCCGACAAAAGAGUUAAAAAACACAUGCUAGACAAGUUCAAACCACAAAGAACAAGACACAAGACACCACAAAAGUUAAGUCACAUGACAACACAAAAGUCGAGACAUAAAAAACACACCAGCCGAGUCAGAAAACACUACCAAAACACCAUCUCAACUCGAGACCAUCAACACAUAUCUUCAUACCCAUGAAUGAUAUGAGCACCAGCUGGAGAAGCAACCUGAGAA